AUGCGGGAAAAAGACACAUACGAGGCCACCAAUCAACCGGUGGUGGCUUAUGCGGAGCUCAAACAGAGGAGAAGCAGACCCAAAGCGGCUGCCGGUCGGACCGUCAGGUUAACUGAAUUUCAGUCAGUGAUCCGCAGCAAAGCUCCAGCUUUAGUGACGACUGCCUCUGUGAUCAGGGGCAGUUUAGUGAGCGUGGCAGCAGAUUACAGUGAAGACACAACGCAGGGGGACAGAAUACAGCUCAUCAUAAACUCCUCAAAGGUUUCAUACUUCACACUUGCUGCUUACUUCGACACCAGUACUUUGAAAUAUUUCUGUUUCACGGUUGUUUUGUCUUUAUACUUAUUGAUUCUUUGUGCCAACGUCCUGCUGAUUGUGGUUAUCUGUGUGAACAGAAGCUUACAUGAACCUAUGUACAUGUUUCUGUGCAGCCUGUUUGUGAAUGAGCUGUAUGGUAGUACAGGGCUGUUUCCGUUCCUCCUGCUUCAGAUCCUCUCUGACGUUCACACUGUUUCUGCUCCUCUGUGCUUCCUGCAGAUCUUCUGUGUUUUUUCUUAUGUCUGUGUUGAGUUUUGCAUCUUAGCCGUCAUGUCCUAUGACAGAUACCUCGCCAUCUGCUGUCCUCUCCAAUAUCACACACGUAUGACGCCUGCGACGGUUGUCUUGCUGAUUGCACUUUCCUGGUUAUACUCUUUUCUUACCAUUCUUACUUUGAUCUUACUGAUCGCUCCUCUGGAGCUGUGUGGGAACGUCAUUAACAAGGUUUACUGUUUGAACUACUCCAUUGUGAAACUGGCCUGCUCUGAAACCACAGCAAAUAACAUUUAUGGUCUUUUUAUCACAGCUCUCACAGUGUUUGUUCCAGUUAUUUUAAUCCUUUGCUCAUACAUGAGGAUCCUGAAAGUCUGUUUUUCUGGAUCCAAACAAACCCGACAGAAAGCCGUCAGCACCUGCACGCCUCACCUGUCGUCUCUGCUAAACUUCUCUUUUGGUGUUUGCUUUGAAGUGAUCCAGAGCAGGUUCAGUCUGAGCAGUAUGCACAGCAUGGUGCACAUUGUUUUAUCGCUGUACUUUCUAACCUGCCAGCCGCUCUUUAACCCCGUACUGUACGGACUGAACAUGUCCAACAUCCGCAAACGUCUGUUUGCUCACAAAAGGAGAUAA